CAGCAGAGAAACGUCCUCCACUUUGCCCCCUCGCACGCGGCCUCUCGCUUCCUUCCUUCCUUGCGCUUGUGGCGGCGGCGCGAAACCAUCGGAGGACUUUCUGCCGGAGCCAGCUAGGGUUUGGGCCGCGGCGGCGCGCGACGAUGUCGGCGUACGACGAGGUGGAGAUCGAGGACAUGGAGUGGAGCGAGGAGCUGGGGGCGUACACGUACCCGUGCCCCUGCGGCGACCUCUUCCAGAUCACGCUCGCCGACCUCCGCCUCGGGGAGGAGAUCGCGCGCUGCCCCUCCUGCUCGCUCUUCCUCACCGUCGUCUACAACGAGGAGGACUUCGCCGACGCCAAGGAGCCCCCGCAGAAGCCGCCGGCGGCCCCGCAGCCCGUCGCCGUCGCCUGAGGAGCGCGCCGCACCCCCCGUGGGUGGCUCGUCGGCAUGGACGGACGAUGGGAUCAGAAUCAUAGCUUGGAGAGGAAGAAGAUUGUUUGGCAUACGCGGGAGCAUCUGUACUUGUACUUGUAGAAUGAGAAAAAUUGCAGCAUCGUAUCAACUUUUGGUUGUUUAACUGAAUUUAUCUGUGUGUACCCACUCAGUUGUUACAAAGGCACUGUCCAUGACUGGUCCUUCGAAUUUUUGCUAUCCCAGUUUUUGUAAUCCCGGUGACUCUGAUCUCA